CCCGAGAGUUCUCAUUUAUUCAGCUUACCUUGAAGAUGUUGACAGAAUCCUUGGCACAGAUAAAUCAAAUUUUUCUCAUCAAUAAAAAUAUAAAUCGCAGUCUUUCAGCAGCCCAAACUGGAAGAACAAGCAGAUGGGUACUUCCCAAGUUCCUCGAAUUACCGAAACAUCAACGGGGAAGACCGUGCCUGAGCACUGAAAAUGGCAGAUAUAGAGAUUACCCACAUGGCGUGCGUGAUCAAGAUGGCAUCAUCAUUGUUGACCAUGGCUCGCGUCGGAAAGAAUCCAAUCUCAUGCUAAAUGAAUUUGUUGCCAUGUUCACAGAUGAAACUGGGUACCAAAUUGUGGAGCCUGCUCAUAUGGAGUUGGCAGAGCCAUCCAUAAGAGAUGCAUUUGCUUCAUGUAUUCAACAAGGAGCAAAUCGUGUGAUAGUAAGCCCCUUUUUUCUCUUUCCUGGGCGGCACUGGCAUCAGGAUAUUCCUUCAUUAACUGCUAAUGCUGCAAAAGAAUAUCCUGGUGUACCAUACAUCAUAACUGCUCCUCUUGGCUUGCACGAGCUCCUUGUGGAUGUUGUAAAUGACAGGAUAAAACACUGCUUAAGCCAUGUAGAAGGAGAUAUAGAUGAAUGUGCAGUUUGUGCUGGAACCCAAAAAUGCAGACUUCAUUAGUUCACUACUUAUCGUACACAUAUUAAGACGCUAUUGCUGCAUCGAUGUAAGAUAGUCUUUUGCAGUCCCUUUUUCCCUUUAAAAAAUUUUGACAGCUAUUUUUUUUAUGUGUAUGU